UGAUAAAUCCACAUUUAGCUAGCGUCAAGAUUAUUGAUGAAUGAAGUUAACAUUUUUAAAGCCAGAUAAACGGUGUGCUUUUUCCUGAAAGAGGUUGGCUGUAUAAACCCUGGAAUGAAUUUAUAGUGUCUGCAUGCUUCGCUACUUCUCUCCAAUUGUCCGCAGGCUGCAGAUGCUCCUCGCCAAUCCAGCAUUGCAGGUGCAGUUAAUGCUGGAGAUGCUGAUACUUCUGGCUUGAUGUCCAUCUUUUUUCCCUCCUUGUUUGGUUUCCUCACGCAGUGCUUUUUUUCUGCUUACCCCUUAGCUUUUUUUCCUCUGUGCUGCCGUGUGAGGUGUUGUAUUCACCGGAUCCCGCAGUCUGACCGGCUUUGCGGUGCUUCUUCGAGAGCAUCAUCUAUUCUUCAACAUUAGUGGAUUUAUGACGAACAGUUCCGUGUGCUGCCGCAUCAUGUUGACAUAACUCUGCCGAAGAACUGAAAAUAAUGAAUGGCAAGAGAGAAGAGAUGAUAUGAAUAAACUCUUUGAUGUGGAGAGAAGCGGGAAAAGGGGUUUCUACUGAAUAUAUUGGCGAGGAAGCGCGGGAAUGAGGCACGUUUCUUGUCGCUGUGAGUUUUCUUGUUGAAGUUGUCUAUGCUCAUCAAUGGAAAAACGAAUUGAAACGAAUAUUCGGAUAAGUGCUUAUUAGAGAUGGAAGGGAGCUUUUUCAACCUUUUCCCUUUAUUAAUCUUUUCGUGGUGACUCUGGAAAGGUGGAGCGAUCAGGAAAAGCUAAUGACGGACCUAUUAAUCCAUCACCAAAAGCACCAGAGGGCUUUGGAAACGUUUGGAUGGAAGCGUUUGCAUCUUUUUUUCUGGUUUUAUACGAAACUCAUGCAUACUGUAGUUGUGGAUCUCUGCUGGAAUCUCCGUCGUCAUUGAUUAAUUUAUAGUGAAGGGAAUCCAGGGCUCUGUUGGCACAUUUGCUGUGAUUUUUCGUUUUCUGUAUUGCAAAGAUCCAUCUUUUCUUCUGAAAGUAUUCCGAUCUAAAUGGAAUUAGUUGAGAAAGCCAUUUGUGAAAGGAAUAGACAUGGUACAUGGGAACAGGUUCCUUCACGUUGUUGCAGGUCUUCUCAUGCUUGGGUUGUCUGGGGCAACAAAGAAGGAAGCAGUGAAAAACAAUUCAGGAGUACAGCCUGCAGGGCAGUGUGGAACCUGGGUGAAAGAACCGGAGGGAGGCCUCUUCACCUCACCCAAUUACCCAAACAAAUAUCCCCCAGAGCGAGAAUGCAUCUACAUCAUUGAAGCUCCCCCGAGACAAUGCAUUGAUCUUUUCUUUGAUGAAAAGUAUUCAAUUGAGCCUUCAUGGGAAUGUAAAUUUGACCAUAUUGAAGUCCGGGAUGGACCCUUUGGCUUUUCUCCAAUAAUUGGACGCUACUGCGGACAGCAAAACCCUCCAUAUAUCAGAUCAAGCGGCCGCUACCUAUGGAUAAAAUUUGUUGCGGAUGGUGAAUUGGAGGCCAUGGGAUUUUCUGCAAGCUACAAUUUCACAUCAGAUCCUGACUUUAAAGACAUAGGAGUCCCCAAACCUCUUCCCUUUUGUGAAUUCGAGAUGGGAGGACCCGAAGGCAUCAUUGAAUCUCAGCAGAUCACCAAAGAUGGCAGAGCCUUGCAGACGGAGGCGGUGGACUGCAAAUGGUACAUCCGUGCACCUCCUCGAUCCAAGAUCUAUUUGCGUUUCCUCGACUAUGAGAUGCAGAAUUCGAACGAGUGCAAGCGUAAUUAUGUGGCGGUGUAUGACGGCAGCAGCUCGGUGGAGGACCUGAGGAAUAAGUUCUGCAGCACAGUGGCCAAUGAUGUGAUGCUCGUGUCUGCGCUGGGUGUGAUCCGCAUGUGGGCUGAUGAGGGCAGCAGAAAGAGCCGCUUCAGGAUACUCUUCACCACCUUUCAAGAGCCUCCCUGUGAGGCAGACACUUUCUUUUGCCACAGUAACAUGUGUAUCAACAACACGCUGGUGUGCAACGGAAUCCAGAACUGCGUCUAUCCUUGGGAUGAGAAUCACUGCAAAGAAAAGCGGAAAGCAAACAUUCUCGACAGCCUCAACAACACCAAUGGCACCAUCAUCGGCGUCACAUGCUGCAUCGUCCUGAUUCUACUAAUCGUAUCAGUGAUUGUUCAAAUCAAGCAACCACGGAAAAAAUACAUUCUAAGGCGAGAAGAUUUUGACCCAACCAUGUUCCAGGAAGUGUUUCAGGAGCCACCCCAUUACGAACUGUGUACCCUACGUAGCGCUGCCGCCACAUCUGCAGACCUGGCCGAGCUGGCAGAAGAUUUUGAGAGCUACCACAAACUCAGGCGCGCAUCUUCACGCUGCAUCCACGAGCAUCAUUGCGGCUCCUCACAGAUCUCCAGCAACAAGGGAAGUCGCACCAACCUGAGCGCACGUGACGCGGCAGCGGCGGCCAUCUUGACUGACCUGCCACCCCAACCCAUGCGACCGCUUCCUCCCCAAACCAACCGCAGGAACAUUCUGGUCAUGAGACACACUUACUCCCAAGAUGCCACUGAUGCCUGUGAGCUGGACGAUGAGUUGGAGGAAGUGCCCACUACCAGCCACAGACUGUCCAGACAUGAGAAAGCAGUGCAGCGGUUCUGCCUCAUUGGGUCUCUAAACAAACAUGAAUCUGAGUACAACACAACUAGAGUGUAACAGACAAUCUGAAGACUUCUUGAAAAUAGUGCAAUCCUGGAUCAGUACGAACGGGCUUCAAUGAAAUAUGAAAAUGUGGACCGGAGAUAUACACCAGCAUGAUAAUAACACGGACAUUUUAAAGACAAAUUAAUCAAAAACAGCCUACAGAUGUAAAGGAGGACGUGGAUCCGUUAACAAAGGAAGUGAAAUGGGACGAAAUCGCUUUUUCAUUUUGGCGUGUUGCCUUUUUUAAGGUUACUUAUUUAUUACUGCGGAACACUACAUGAAAGUUUGUUCAUUUACACAAAAAAUGUAAAUUAGGACUUUUAGUGCAUGCCAUUUUGCCACCAAAUGUUGUCUUUUUAUUUGUUCAAGUGAUUUUUUUUUUAAAACAUUGCAUAUAUUUGUGAUUUUCAGCUCUUUUUAUUCACAGGUUAAUGUUAAGAUUUUGAUGCAUGUUUCUUUAUCAACUUAAAAUGAGCAACGGUACAUCUAAGUAGAGUAUGAAACCCAAGACUAAUUUCUUGUAUAUAGAUUUAAUUAUAAAUCAUAAAUAUUAUAAGAAAUUGAAUGACACUAAGCCCUUGCCCUCCCUGAUAGUUCACUGUAAAAAGGAUUAGUUUAACUCUUAAAAAAAAGUGUGUAAACCUGUUGCUUUUAAAGCUAUUACUUGAUUUACUUUAUAAGUAAAAAUAAACAAUUGAACUAUGUGGAGAAUUAUAAAAAUUAUAUAAGUUAGGUCAACUUAAAUGUUCCAAGAUACAGAUUUACUAACUUUUUUAAGCCAACUUUUAAGUCGCUUUUAAGGCAACGGGUUUACUAAAUUUUUUAAGAAAUGUAAUUGCUUUUUUACAGUGUAUAAUUACUAACUGCAUGUUAAAAAUCAUACAAUUUAUAACAUAAUUAAAUUCAAUGAUUUGACCUUUCCUUUACAUGAUUAAGUUAUGAAUACUGUAAACUCUUUCAGUUGCUGUUGUAGGACAAAAUGAUGGUUCAAAGUAUGUUAACAUUUGCUACAUUUUAGUAGCACACAAACUUUGUAUGUUAACUGUGUUCAAGUUUUUGAGACUUACUUGAUCAACAGCCCAGUCUCGAAUACGACCAGAGUUUAUGCUUUGUCAAAGAACAAUAAACUGUUACUAUAAAUUAUGAAA